AAAGUCACAAAGUUCUCAGGGAAAUAAAUUUCAUGCUCAAAUUAGGUUUCUGGAAAGGAAAUUGUAGGCCUUUGAAGAACAAUAUGAACUUUCUGAUUGUGAUCGCUAUCCUGUCUCUCAUUUUGAAUGUCAACUGCCUGGACGAAGCCACUUUGCUGAAGCUGCGAAAGUUCGUAAACUGCGAGGACAAGGGUUACAAGUCGAGCCAGGGGAUAUAUCGUGACUACUGGGUGCUGGAGAACUACAUAAUGGCGGGUCACGGACCACUUUUGUGCUUCGCAAAUGUGACAUACACCAGCCAUGCGGACUACACUUACCUGGACAAUGUGGUGCCUCUGUUGGAACGCUGGCGAUCGCCUCUCAGCCUGGCCAUUUAUGCUCCUGGCGCCGAUUUCGGUCCCACUCUCGAGAGCAUCCUGUACCUGCUGCAGUGCCAUCCUGGCAGGCACUUGGUUCGCGAGCUGACCAGCUUCCACCUGUACUUUAACGUGGAACACCUGCCCCAGGUGGUGCUUUCGCCCAAAAUGGCUCUGAGGAAAAGGGCCAACUGCCACGCCCCACCGCCGUAUGUGAAUGUAGCCAAAGGCAAUAUGUACAGGUCACGGACCAAGCUCGAUUACCCCGUCAAUUUGGGACGCAACAUUGCACGCAGGGCUUCGCUAACCCAUUUCGUCCUGGCCUCGGACAUCGAGCUGUAUCCUUCGCCCAGAUUGGUUCCCGCCUAUUUGAGCUUCUUAAGCCGACAUGUAAUUGGAAGGCCGGGACAGCAGCCCACAUCACCGGUGGUCCAUGCGCUGCGUAUUUUUGAAGUAAUGUCCAAUGUUUCAGUUCCGAGCACCAAGACCGAGUUGCAAAAGUUGUUGAAGUCGGGCGAAGCCCUUCCAUUUCACAUGCAAAUCUGCGAGGUCUGCCAUCGAGGACCCAAACUGGAGGAGUGGAUCAAUGCCACCCAGGCAUCCGACGAUCUGAACGUCUUCAAUGUGGGCCAUCGCUCCGAUUCGGACAACAUGUGGGAGCCAAUUUUCAUUGGCACCGUCGAGGAUCCGCCGUACGACGAGCGGCUGACCUGGGAGGGCCAGAGGGACAAAAUGACGCAGGCGUACGCCAUGUGUGUCCUGGACUACGAGUUCCACAUUCUGGACAACUGCUUUCUGGUCCACAAGCCCGGCAUCAAGCAGCCCGGCAAAUCAAUCUUCCCCCAGACCCGCCGCACCAAUGGCCUCAUCAACAAAAGGAUCUCCCGGGAGCUAGGCAUCAUGUACGGUUUUCGAGCGGGCUGUGUCAUUUAGGGGCAAUUCCAAAUUCUAUGUUAGUUUAUAAGAAGAAUUUUGUUUUGGCGUAAAACUCAAUUUGUAAGCAUUCCAUAAAAAGAAAGGUAAAAAUUUAAUUAACUAAUUCUUGCACUUUAAUACUUUAUGACUUUAGUUUCAAGACAAACUAAUUGAAACCAAACUUUCAGGUAAAUUAUUUUUUUAGUACAGAACAUUUUUCUAUCUUUCCUAUGGCAGGUAUAUGAUUAAGUCCGUUAAUUUUUUAAAUUUAAAAAUGCAUUUUACUAAAUUGUUAAAGACCGAGUUUCUGAUAAUGAGUACUGAAAAAACGACAUUUUAAAUUGUUUGCAAUUAUUUUUUCCGGUUGGUAGUAAUAUGAUAUAUUCUUCCGAUCCGGCUAUUUCCGACUUCUAUAUAAUUCUACCUAAAACAGAAAAAAAGGCAUUUAAAAAAGUGUUAUCUAGACAUCCAAAUUAAGCUAAAGCUAAAAAUAUUUUCGGUAGAACG